UAUCAAGACCUCAAAAAACAACAUUUCACACUUUCUUCAAACAAAUAAUAAUAACUAGAAUUUGGUUGAAAAAGUCGCUAAGCUUACAAAACAUGAGGUUCACAGGAGUAGUAUGCAUCGCGUUUGUGAUAGUCCUUGUGUCGGCUUUAGCUCCGACCAAAGCAGACUUGGAAGAGAAAGUGGCAUGCAUCCCGACAGAACUUAUGACAUGCAUACCAGCAUUACAAACCGGAAGUCAACCGUCUGCUGAAUGCUGCGGAAAACUGAAAGAACAAGAGUCGUGUUUGUGUGGUUACAUACAAAAUCCAUUGUUUUCUCAGUAUGUUACAUCUGAAAAUGCUCACAAAAUUUUAGCGACUUGUGGCAUCCCUUAUCCUACUUGUUAAAAUUUUAAAUUUCAAAAUCCUAUAUAACAAUGUGUCAUGGUUUACCGCCAUUGAUUAAAUAAUCAAAUAAAAUACAUUUUUCUUGUAA